UAACGAAAGAAAGAUGGAACCAGAUGCUUCUUUAAAAGAAAGCACUUUGCCUUACCUGUGAAUUAAUAAAAAAGGUUGCCCCUUACUCGCAGAUGUAGGAAGAAGGCUUUUCUCGCCAACUGAACCCCAAUAGGCUAUUUUGGACUUUUUGCACAUAAUUAUUAAAGAUAGAUUUUCGUGCCAUGCGUAAACCAAGCUGCUGAGAGUCUACCCCAGCCACAAGGGGGAGCUGCUCCAGUAGUUCAGGAUACCCCACCCAGCCCCACAAGGGUUGACGGACCCCCUACCUAUACCUAUACCUGAUGAUUACCUAUACCUGAUGAUUUUCAAAAUCCACAGCUCAUUUUCUUUAAUAUGUGACAAGCCUUGCAAAUUGUGAUAAUAUGUAUCAAAUUAGUGGUCCGCAUAACCCAAUAUUUGAAAAUUAUGGAGGUGCAGGCCCAAGUACUUCGAAUCAUCAACAAGAAAUCCAAGAAAGAACAGCGAAGGAAAAACGUGACAAGAAAAGUGUUUUCUCGACUUGAGAUGUUAGAAGGUGAUAAAUCAAUAGGUGCUGGAGCUGCUGUUGGUAUUGGAAAUGUCCUCAGUUCUUUGAUUCAUUCCGUGGCGCGAAAUCCAUCAUUGGCUAAACAAUCAUUUGGUUAUGCCAUUUUGGGCUUUGCUCUCACCGAAGCUAUUGCAUUGUUUGCCCCAAUGAUGGCCUUUCUGAUCUCAUUCGUUUUCCGAUCGGAUAAAAAGUCAUGAGAAGUUAUGUUCUUAAAA